UGUUGAAUGAUGAACGAAUGGGAUGGGUCCAGUUUUGGCAUGUCUUCAAGAGCUGUUGUGUUGUUGUAACAACGGAAAUCUGUUGUGCUUCAAACUUCUUCGAUUCUACAUUUUCUCUUUUUUCUUCUUCUUCUUGUUGCCUUUUCUCUUCCUUUACUCAUACCUUCCUUCUUCUUCCCACAAUUUAUAUUUUCAACCAAUUUUUCUUUUCCCUUUCUUAAAUUCAAUCUCUCUAUGAAAUUCUACUUUCCCCCAAUAUGUUCAAUUUUGAAGAUGAACUCAUAAUUCAACCAGGAAUUUCAUGGUUAAUCUGGAUUCAGCUUCUUGUUAUUCUCCUCAUCUUCUUCCUUUGUUGUCUUACAAUCUUCGCUUUCGAUUUCUCCAAAUCCAAUACUACUGAUUUCAACUCCACUGCCGCCAUUGCCUCCUCCUCUUCCCCUACUCGCUUCCUUUCUCAUUCUACUCACAGCGGGAAGAACAUUCUUCCUAACCCCAACAUCAGAAUUGGCCCUAAUCCACCGCGUAAUGCGCAGGUUACUAACGAUCAAAGCACGAGAGGGGAGAUAACAAGUAGUACGAGCAGGAGAAUCACACAAGUGGGAGAAGGCACUGUAAUAGGAGGAGAAGUCUCUCAAGAAACCAAGUUAGAUCUUCAUCCUUGUAGUUAUUUCAGGCUUGCUAAAUCAGCUUUUCUCAGAUGCCUGGGGUUGGACUCUUCAACUGACAACUCAAUCUCAGAUGAAAGACAAAGAAAUGAAUCAAGAAAAUCCAAAGAAAGUUGAUGUAUGUGUCACUUUACCCAUUAAAUAAAACUGUAUGCAUUAUAUUUGUUAGGUAGUUGUGUCCUUAUAUUGUAUACAUCUUUAAAAGCACUAUGAUUUUCAUACCGCAUGAGAUAUCAAAAUUGAUUAAUUCAUCCAAAUACGUAUGAUAUCUUCAUUUCAAGUUU